AUGUUGACUCAACGUGCUGGCAGAGAUCAGACACUGAAGGAUUACUCGUCUUCAGAGAUGAUGAAGAUUAUACCAAGAGCCUCCACCACCUUAGUUGUUGGUUGGAUUGCACUUUUCACGGGUGUAAACUCUGUCAAUAUGUCUGCGGUGGAUUCCCCAACUGAAAGCACAGAUGCCUUGACUCCACACUCUUUGACAUUAGUUAUCAUGGAUCUCAGAAUCACUAACCGUGUUUAUAAUGACUCACUGGCUGAUCAGCAAUCAGCAGAGUAUACAACACUCAAGCAAGAGGUGGAGCAACUGUUUGCAGAUAUUUAUGAACGAUCUUAUGACAUCACUCAUCUGAUAUAUUUGGGGGCAGAUGAGAUGAUUUUCAGUAAUGGGUCUGUGAUCGCCACUUCUCGUCUGCUGUUUGGGCCGACUCAAGUCAAUCCAGAGCUUGUGAGAGGAAUCUUUUUGCCUGCGUACAAACAAAUUCCAUCGCCGGCACUAGAGAUCGACCUCAGCUACAUUGAAAAUGAACUACCAAGUGAAGAACCUCUUGAGGAAGAGAAGAACUUCAGCAGACCACCAAUGACAACACACAAAGAAACACCUUUUAUGACCAUGUCCUCCAUGACCACGCCCCUCACUUCCACUCCUGACAUCAUAACCGAUGCUGAAUCCUUCACCAGUCGCCUUCCAUCCACACACUCACCCAACAUGUCCACCUCCCUCCCGUUGGGCUCCAGUGCUGUUGUAGGAAACAUCACAAACCCAAUCCACUCCACCACCUCCAUACCCUUUAACACCACCACAACCAACUCACUGAUGGAUAAUACAAGUAUUUCUACAGCACCCAGCAGCACCACCAAUGCAGUAACCAAUGGGACCACACCAGAAGUCCCCAAUAGGACCUCCACAGCAGCACCCAUUGGUACCAUCACUACAGCUUCCAAUAGCACCACCACCAUUGACACCAUCACUACAUUGCCAAAUGCCACCAUCAUUGCAACCCCAAAUGGCUCCACGACUACAGCCCCCAAUAACACCACCACUGCAGCCCCCCAAAGCACAUUUACCUCCAUUCACAGCACUGUUGGGAAACCGACAAUCAGCUCCACCAUGUUUUCAACAGCUCAGCCCUCGAAGACCACAGUCAUGAACCAUUCACCUACUACGGUCACUGUUUUGGUGCCUGGAUGGGCGGUUGCCCUGUUAGCACUGGCAGCUGUCAGCCUCUUCCUCCUCCUCAUCCUCAUCAUUCUGGUGGUGCUCUGGUGCUGUUGUCCGAAACGAAGAGUUUUCGUGAAUGAAGCUGAAGAGAUGAAUCCUCCCAUGUACUUCAAUCCAGACAUCCCUAUGUAUUCAACGCAAAGCACAUUUGAUACAUCCAACGGCAAACAAGCGGAUGUCAGAGAAAAACCUCCGAAAAACCGGACAGGUAUGUACGUGGUGAACAAAUGA